AUGGACCGUGGGCCAACCGGUGACGUCCCAACCGACCAAGCAUAUAUCGGAGGACCGGCCGGGCAAGCAAUCCUCACCGCCGAGGCACAGACCGGACGGCCGCUUAGCGAGGACUGCCUGUCACUCAACGUUUGGACGAAGCCUCAGUCGGGCACGGGACAACCCAAAGCAGUGCUCUUCUGGAUAUUUGGAGGAGGUUUCUCGAUCGGUAACACAGCGUGUGAAAUCUAUGAUGGGUCGGUGCUGGCCGACGAGAAUGAUGUGGUGGUGAUUUCAGCUAAUUACCGGGUCAACAUAUUUGGCUUUCCCGGUGCACCCGGCCUGCAGCAGAACGUCGGCCUCUUGGACCAACGCAUGGCCCUCGAAUGGGUGCGCAACGAGGUCUCGGCAUUCGGAGGGGACCCGUCUCGCAUCACCGUGUUCGGACAGUCAGCCGGCGGAGCAUCGACGGAUUACCUGAGUCUAAUGUACCCAAAUGACCCUAUCGCAAAUGGCUUUAUCCCGCAGUCUGGAGUCGCUAGCGGCGCAGUCGGUGCCCUGGCGGGUACUCCUGAGGACGCGGCCACCGCCUGGUACGAUGUGUCAGCCUCGGCGGGCUGUGGUGGCAAGGAGGCUGGGGAGGGCACCGUCGACUGUAUGCGCAUGAAGACAACAGCCGAGAUCCUGGGUGCUGUUCACGAGAAUUCUCUCAUCGCCAUCCAGACGGGGUUCCAGCCCGUCGCAGACGACAUUACCGCCCCGUCGGCUGCAGUAGACCGCAUCAAGGCGGGCAACUUCGCCAGGGUCCCGAUGCUGGUGGGCAACGUCGAGAACGAGGCGGCCUUCAUCUGGCCGGUGCUGCUCGCGUACACGUACUUCGACAAGUCGACCGUCGACAUGAUCGCGCCGCUGACGAAGCUGGUGCAGCCGAUCCUCGACAUCGCCAACCUCGUCGGCUUCACGUGCGGGGCGCGGCAGGCGGCCGGCCUGCGGGUGGAACAGGGCGUCACCACGUACAGGUACCGCUUCUAUGGCGGCAACUAUACGAACCUCUACGUCAACGACGUCGGGGCUGACUACCACACCGCCGAGCUGCCCGUCGUCUUUGGGACCGCGUCUUGGCUGACGGGCAUCCCGGAUACGCCUGCGCAGGCAUCGACGGGCGCGUUCAUGAGGAAAGCCUGGGCCGAGUUUGCAAGGGACCCAGAGGACGGGCUGGCAAACCUGGGUUGGCCGAAGUAUGACCCAGACGAUGGCACCCUAGCGCGGCUUGCAUUCGAGGGGGAGACGGGGCCUUCAUAUAUCGACCCGGACGACACCGACACGCUAUGCACCCCCAUCAACUUUGUUCUGAAUAGGGUCACCGGGGCGACCAGCACGGUGAUGAGCUGCCUUGGCUCCGCCCUCAUGGCCGUCGUGACAAAUGGGACAGGGUCCGAGCAGGUGAAGCAGGUCUUGGCUGGUGAGUGCUCUCAUGAUCGGCUCGAUUCCUCGGAUACGUUCAAGUUCUUGAUGCUGACCGUGUCAUCAGAGAGCUCGGGUCCUUUGACCUCGACCUCGGUGACAGACAUAAUCAUGGCUCUGGUCAGCUUGAUGGGGAAACUCUGA